AAGUGUUGUGAGUGUUUUCCACAACUUAUUUUUUUUUCUACAUUCAUUUUAGUUUACCAAUCAUGCUUUAAGAAAAAAGAUUUAAAACGACAGCCAUAAAAACUAAAAUAGGAAACAAAAUAGCUUUGAAAUUCAAUUUUUCUAGAGCUUUAUAUUUAGUGCUCUGGAAAUAAUUAAUCUACAGUUACGGUAAUAAAAUCUACAACUAUUAUUCUAAAGCGAGAAAAUAAAAAGCACAAUACUUACCAAUCAUCCUCUAUAUUUGUGACAUAAAUUUUUUUAGUGUAAUCCUAAGUAUUUCCCCGGAAGUAAUCCAGUAUUACCAGACAAUUAUACACCAAUCCAAAACCGAAAGCAAAAAGUAAACUAAAAACACACAAAUAAUAAAAAAAGCAAAGCAAAACAGUAACAGUGAGAAUAAUAAAUGAAAAAAUAAUAAUGAAGGAGCAUGAGGAAGAAGAAAGUUAUCGGGAGUCCCCUGAACCAGCUCAUUCCGUUCCCCCGAGGCGAUUACACUGUCGCUGUUAGUCAAAACGCUUCUUCUCCGAUCGGCGACCUCCGACGAUUUCUUCGGCGGUCUCUUACUGUCUGUUUUCUACUUCAGGUUUGUCUUCUCUUACUCUUACUCUCCCCCUCCAUAUCCUUUUUUUCUGUUGAGAUUUGGGGUUUUCAUAUUUUACAACUAAAGCUUUAUGCUUCUGCCCGGAGAGAGCGAUCGAUUCGGAGUUCAAUUAGUGAAAAUCAUCAUAGAGUUUCUGACUAGUCUAAUUGGAUUGUAGGCAUCGGUAACUUUCUCUCCCUUCGUUCGUUGGCUUUUGGGGACCAUUUGGAAAACCCUAGCUAAAAGGGAGAGGGGGACAGUGAUUGGGGAUCAAAAACCUAACUUGUUGUCAAAUCUUUUAUUAGCUCUUGCAGGAUAGUUCCUCAUCAUGACUGAGAUUGUUGCCGUUUUUUCAUUGACAUCAUUUAUAUGACGUAUAUAGCCUUUGGGGUUUUAGUUAGGAACCUUCUGAAAAGUAUAAUUGAAGAAUGUGGUUAGGUAAAAAAUUUACAUUUUGUGUGUUUCUUGACAAGUUGCUGAUGGAAACAGACGAGAAAAGGUUAGAAAAAGGAAUACACUUUCUCUUGCCUCUUUUGUUUGUCUGGGUCUGAAACAUAGAAAGCUCUUUCUCUUUCGCUGACGUUAACUGAUAAAUAGUUGAUUAGCUGUGUGUGGUUCUUGAGAUUUUGAAGGGCAUUGUCUAUUAAGGAUUUGUUGCUCUGGCUUUAGUGGUGUGUGGGUCUAUAUGAAAACAACCCACAUCUUCAAUGGACUGCAACAUGGCAUCUCCUACGUGGGACUGGGAUCAUUUGAUCAUGUCCAAUCCCUCAGAGACUGAAGGCGAAGGAAUUGAAUCUAUGUUUCCCUGUUUCGAUGGCCUCGAGAAAGUCAGUAGCGGCUCUCCCUCCGGUUUCUGGCACUCGCAGUCGACCUCAACCAACUCUUCCUCUCCCAAAGUCAAGCAAACCAACCUUGCGUCGGAAAGUUCCCCUGGCGAUUCUUGCAGCAACGUGGAUUCUGUCUAUGUGAAGGCUUCCACAGCUGCUGAAUCUGAUCUUUGUUUGGAGCUAGGAAAGCAGACAUACUCUGAAGAAUUUUGGUGUAGCGACAAUAAUGACCUUUCAGCCGUUUCUAUGAAUGCUCGUAAGAAACAGAGCAUGCAAGUCCCGCGUUGCCAAAUUGAUGGAUGUGAGCUGGAUCUCUCAUCUGCUAAGGAUUAUCAUCGCAAGCAUAGAGUCUGCGAUAACCAUUCAAAGUCCCCGAAAGUUACUGUGGGUGGCUUGGAACGUCGGUUCUGCCAACAGUGUAGCAGGUUGCAUGCCGUCUCUGAAUUUGAUGAGAAGAAACGAAGCUGCCGCAAACGUCUUACGCAUCAUAACGCGAGGCGUCGCAAGCUGCCAGGAAUGUUUCCAUUGAAUCCAGAGAGGGUUUGCAAUCGAAGACAGCAUACAAAUAUGUUGUGGGAUGAGUUGUCUCUAAACACGAAAUCUGAAGAAACGUUUACACAGAUAGAAAGCGGCUUUACUUUGAGCUUCCAGAGGGGCCAUGGCCGCCCUGAUGAGCAGGUGGUUGCUGGUAGCAGCCGCUCUCUCUCUCCGUAUCAAACCUCUGGCGGGUUCCAACUUCCCAGCAAAGGUGUAGGAGAAUACUCAGGAGGUCUCAAUGAAUCGCAAGAUUUCUACAGUGCUCUCUCUCUUCUGUCAACGUCUUCGGAUUCACGUGGGACCAAACACAAUCCCAUGGUCGAGUCACAGCCAAUACAUGGCACUUUCCCUACUCAUUUUAUGUAAAUGCGUAAGGAAUGCGUAAGUCACUCCUCCAUGAGAAAGUCAGGUUGCAUCCAGUGGAGUUUCUUUUCAAAUAAAAAUAAGAAUGUGUAACGUUCAUUGUUCAAGCUUAAACCCUGUACACUGUUAACUCCGGUUCCCUCUACAUUUCCAAACUUAUUUAAGUCAACUUCUUCUUGGAUUCUGUUGUAUGUCAACUUCGGUUAUUUGAUCAGACAUGUCUAGUGUUUUAUA